AUUUGGGUUAAACUGCUUUGAAUUAUAGAUCAGGGAGAAAGUCAUAUGGAGAUGCAGCCAUCGAAUUUGUACAGCUGAAACUUCAUGGAUCUGAAUGUACUCUCAAGUGUCUUAUUUGUCCUGAACACAGAGUACAUAAUAAAUCAUAUCGAAUGACUUUAGUCUUGAAUAUUGUGGACGAAGAGAUUUUAUCGACUCAAUGUCAUGAUUGUGCGGCAUCGCUAGGUGGAUGUAAACACGCUAUUGCAUUUCUAAUGUGGUUACACAGAAGAUCUGAAGAACCUUCACCAACAGAUGUUGAAUGUUACUGGCGCAAAUCUGUUUUAUCUCAAGUUGGAUCAUCAAUCAAAUUUAUUAGGGUGAAAGAUUUUGCUUCUGAUACAGAUACUACUGCUAUAGCUAAACCUUUAAAUACACUACAAGAAUUUGUGAAUAGAACAAAACAAAAAACAGUACAGAGCCAAAUCUUGAAAUAUUUUAGUUCAGAAAAUACUGAAAAAAGCCUAUCAAUUCAUAAUUUAUUAGUGGACUUUAUCAAUUUAGGAGGAACAUCAUGUGACGAUUUCUUAGAUUUUUGCAACAAUCGAAUGUCUCCAGAUUUGUGUGAUAAUAUUGAAAAAUUAACUCAAGACCAAGCAGACUGUGAUCUUUGGUUUUCAUUGCGAUAUGGACGAAUCACUGCUUCAAAGGCAUAUGAAGCGUCCCGGUGUCAUACACCUGAUGGAACGUUAGUAGAGUUGCUGGUUGGUGGUCAAAAACUACGUAAUACAAAAGCUAUGGAAGGAGGCAAACAAUUAGAAGCUAUGGUUUUACAACGAGUUGAGCAGAAGUUGAAAAGAAAAUUUCAAAAAUGCGGUUUAUUUUCAUGCAACCAGUACCCAUACUUGGGAGCUACGCCAGAUGCAAUAGACAAAGAGUUUGUCGUCGAAAUUAAAUGCCCGAGGUCUGAAAAGAGUACUCGUACAUACAUUGACACUACAAAUUACAAUAAAGUCUCAAUGAAAUAUGUUACUCAAAUGCAGAUGCAAAUGCUUUUCACACGAAGAAGAAAAGGCAUUAUUUAUUGUAGCAGACUCGAAUUUUGAAGAAACACGGGAAUUCAAAUCUCUAACUAUUGAUUAUGACUCACAAUUGGUGGACAAAUUAUUAAAAGAUUUGAAUAGGUUUUGGAAGAAAUGUAUUUUUA